AUGAGAAUCUCUGCGCAAGCCCGUGAACAUGCCGUGCGUGAUGCGAUGCGCGCCGUGCAAGUGAUGCUCGGCGCAUCACCUCAUCAUGAUUGCGCCGAGCGGAUGCACGGCGUGCGUGAUGCGGUGCGCGCCGUGCAAGUGAUGCUCGGCGCAUCACCUCAUCAUGUUCAAGUUGAGCGGAUGCACGGCGUGCGUGAUGCGCUGCGCGCCGUGCAAGUGAUGCUCGGCGCAAGACCAUUCCUUGCUUCGCGCAUCCCCGUGAACACGCCGCCUUGCGCCGAGCGGAUUCACGGCGCACGUGCGAGGCGCGCCGUGAAAUUGAUGCUCGGCGCAUGCCAGGCCUUGCGCCGAGCGGAUUCACGGCGCACAUCGCACGAAUACGAUGCUCGGCGCAUGCCAGGCCUUGCGCCGAGCGGAUUCACGGCGCGCGCCGUUCCUUCCCUUUGCCCUCCAUUCCCUCACCCCGCCAUCCCCUCUCUCUGCCCUCCCUUCCUUCGCUCUGCCCUGCCAAAUCCCCUCUCUGUCAUCCCCUCGAUGUGCCCUCCCUUCCUUCACUUUGCCCGCCAUUCCCUCACCCCGCCAUUCCCGCUCUCUGCCCGACGUUCCUUCGCUCUGCCCUGUCAUUCCCCCUCUCUGUGCCCUCCUUUCCUUCCGUUUGCCCGCCAUUCUCUCACCCCACCAUCUCCUCUCAGUGCCCUCCGUUUCCUCCUUUGGCCUCCAUUCCCUAUCUCCAUCCGCCCCUCCCAGGGAAACUCGCUGCUCCUGCUCAUGUUUUCAUGCCCCACACUCUCCCCGCCCCACCCUCUCCCUAUCCGCCCCACCCUCUCCCUAUCCGCCCCACCCUCUCCCUAUCCGCCCCACCCUCUCCCUAUCCGCCCCACCCUCUCCCUAUCCGCCCCACCCUCUCCCUAUCCGCCCCACCCUCUUCCUUUUUUCUAA